GCUACAGUGAGCUGGUGCAGCAGCAGGACGUGGACCAGGACUCACCACGCGUGUGUUUCAGGCAGAAGACGAUCUGGCUGAGAAGAUGCGAAGCAACGACAUGCUGCAGAGAGCCAUCAACAGCUACAGAGAAGCUGCCGAGCUUCCUGAUGUGACCGCUGACCUCCUGAGAGCCGCGCUGAAGAGACGGGCUGAGAGACAGCAGUUCCUGGGUCGAAUGCGAGGAUCUCUGGUGACUCUCGAGAAGUUGGUUCAGAUCUUUCCAGAAGACAUCAGUCUGAAGAACGACCUGGGCGUCGCCUACCUGCUGCUGGGCGACAACAAGGGCGCUAGGAAGGUGUACGAAGAGGUUCUGGCGGUUGCCCCCAGCAACGGUUUUGCCAAAGUUCAUUACGGCUUCAUUCUUAAGUCGGAGAACAAGAUAGCAGAGAGUAUACCAUACCUGAAGGAGGGUUUGGAGUCCGGUGAGCCGGGAACAGACGACGGACGCUUUUAUUUCCACCUGGGCGACGCUCUGCAGAGGGUCGGAGACGACAGCGCCUAUCACUGGUACGAGCUGGGUCACAAACGUGGCCAUUUUGCCUCGGUGUGGCAGAGGUCUCUGUACAACGUGAACGGACUGAAGGCCCAGCCCUGGUGGACGCCCAAAGAGACGGGAUACACCGACCUGGUCAAGAUGUUGGAGAGGAACUGGAAGACGAUCCGGGACGAGGCUCUGGCCGUGAUGGACCAAAGCACCGGACGGUUCAUACCUGAGGAGGAAAACCUCCGCGAGAAGGGAGAGUGGGGCCAGUACACCCUGUGGCAGCAAGGGAGAAAAGUCGUGAAUUCUUGUCAGGGUGCUUCAAAGACCUGCUCGCUGCUGGAGAGGUUCCCCGAAGCUACAGGCUGCAAGAGAGGACAGAUCAAGUUCUCAGUGAUGCAUCCUGGGACUCACGUCUGGCCUCACACCGGGCCCACCAACUGCCGACUGAGGAUGCACCUGGGCCUCGUCGUCCCCAAACAGGGCUGCAGGAUCCGAUGCACCGACCAGACCAGGCACUGGGAGGAAGGUAAAGUCCUCAUCUUCGACGACUCCUUCGAGCACGAGGUGUGGCAGGACGCCGACAGCUUCCGGCUCAUCUUCAUCGUGGACGUCUGGCACCCGGAGCUGACCCAGUACCAGCGCCAGACCCUGAGCCCCAUCUAGAGCGGCGCGCUAAGAAUCACGAGUCUGACCGACGAACUGCUAGAACUGUGGAAGGAUCCGACAUCAGACUGUAUUCUCUGGGUUUUACUACUGACUCGACAACAAACGGAACUCAUCGGUACUUUACGGUUUGAGCUGGUUUCCGGGGAACCCGAAGCGUCCCUCUUCAGACUGUGGAAACACUAAACACAGAACCGAAGCCUUAACUUUAGCGCCACCGCUAUGCAUCGCCUCAGUUUCGCUCCUCCAUCACUUUUGCACAGGUAAGAUGUAAUAAAAGAUGAUUUAUAUUUAUAUUAAAAAUGCAAAAAAUGAAGAAAAAAAAUUGCAACGGUAAUAAAAACAACCAACGCG